AUGGGUUUGACCAAAGUCACCAACUCCCCCGGUCUGUCCAUCCACCUCGACAACCCUCGGCCGGUCUACUGUCCCGGCGACGUCAUCAGCGGUCAGGUGUCGCUGCACACCGCCGCGGAGUGUGCCAUCGGCACCGUGGCCUUGUCGUUCUGGGGAAGGGCAAAGACCAAGAUCAUCCAACAAAACGGCCAGUCGGCGAGCGUCUACCGCGGACGCACGAGGUACUUUAGCGUCGACCACACCCUCUACACGGGGCAAUACACGCACAAGCCGGGCUCGUUCGGUUGGCCCUUUGAACUGACGGUGCCCGGCCAGGCGGACCCCCGGUGUAUCUUGUCCGGCCAUAAAUGGAAACCCAAGGACCACUUCCGCACAAACGUCGUCGACACUCCGGGAGACCUCGACCUCACACUCCCUCCGACCACGUUCAAUUCCCGGCACCAGGCCCGGAAGGUCGACUGCUUCGUCGAGUACGUCCUCGAGGCGUCGCUGACCGAGCCGCAAGACGCCCACCGGUUCCGCGGCCCCAAGACCAAAACGUCGACGCUGCCCGUCACCUUCCAACCUUUACCCAGCCCGGAACCCAUCCGAAGCUUCGACUUGGCCCCCGACGGACCACCUCGCCUCGUCACCAUCUCGACCCUCAAACUGCUCCCCGAGCACGCCGGGACCAACCUCGGCCUCCGGGACCGCGCGCGCUCCCUGUUCCAACGGGACUCGAUCCCCCGGUUUUCGUUCCGCCUGAGCGUCCGAGCCCCGACCACGAUCCAGUCCUCCCACCCGGCCCCCCUUCCGUUCAUCCUCGGGGUGGAACCGGACCUCGACGAUCCCAACACCACGACCGUCGUCGGCGCCUCUUCCUCUCCGGUCGUCACGCUCCGCUCCUUCAAGGUCGACCUCAAGACUCACGUCCGGUGUCGAGCCGUGGCCACCUACGCGGAUGACAAGACCUACGAGGUUUCCCUGUUGAAUCUGAAAAAUUUGGACCAAAGACUGCUCCCGCCGGACUCGACGGCUACAAAGACCUUUUCCAAUUCCAUCUCUUCCUCGUCGACGUCGCCCAACACGAUAGAUCUGGGCUCCCUCUACGACCUGAGAGUCGGCGGCGCCACACUCGGGUCCCGCCUCGAAUCCCCCCUGUGUCCCAACUUCACCUCGUACAACGUUUCGCGAGAAUACUUUUUGGUUUGGGAGAUCGAGGUCGAGUGUGCGGAAAAGACGCAAAAGUUCUCUUCCACGAAACACGGCACGCCAUGCGAGGUUCUUUUGCCUCCCGCCACGGCCAGAAUGGAUGGUUAUGACGACGACAACACCACCAGCAACAACAUCAACCUGGGAGUCGCGCUCGAGAGUUGUCGAAUUUCGACAGGAGAAAACCACGCAAACACCUCUCGAGGACAAGUCGACGGUAGAAAAAGGUCAAGCGAGAAAGAAAAACCCGGCUUUUUCACGUCUGGCGGCGACAAGACGAGACACGACCACAAAACAAAGGCCCAAGAAGCGGCGGAAGAACAUGAUGGAUACGACCAUCGGGAUCAACAACACCAAGGGCCAGACUCCAAUACCUCGGUAGACCGUAACAACACAAGGGGUGCUCCCGAGGUUUACAAUCGCGGUCAGCCACCGCCUCAAUACGUCCCCUGAAUUCCAAAAUCAGCACCGUUCAGAACGAGGACGAUUUCAGGAAGUUGCAAGACAAGCUGUCAAAAGGUCUGAAACUCCACGACGUUGGUCUCCGGGUCUGUCCUCCUGCUAACUCUCACCAUCAAACCCAUCGUCCCUGGCAUCCGGAAGAGAUGGCAAAGUUUGGCUUGACCAGCUGGGCGAAUCGACCAUCUACAAGGACCUGCACCUGUCUUGACCAUGCCAUGUCCCUUUUUUCACAAGAAAAGAGAAGGAGAAUUCAUCUCCGGAAUUACGUUACAGUGCUAUUUUGCGCCAUCUGGCUGCGCUGUUCUUCUUCACUCUGUAUAACAGGAUUUCUGUUCCGUAGGUAAUGCAAUAUCGAC